AGCCCCGCUGCGGCCUUAGGCCCCUCCCCGCCCCCCGGCGCUCUGUGGUGUCGAUGGGGGUCGCGGCCCUCCGGUCUGCGCCGUCCCCGCGGAGCCCUCCGGGCGCAGGGCGGUGCUGAGCGCCGCUUUGUGUCCGUGACACCGGGCGGCCCCUGCGCUGUGCCCGUGGUGACCGAGCUCGGAGCUGCGGGGCUGCAGGAGGGAUCCUUCCAGCCCAACGCAGCUGCCAGGCCGAGCUUUUCAGCCCACGCCAUUCGCUGAGGGGUCUGGAAGUUCCCAUUCGUUAAGCAAUCCCUUGCAACCCAAUCCAUUCGCUAUGGGAAUCUUCUUGACUUGAGCUGUUUGUUGAGGGAUCCCUUCCAGCCCGGUCACAAAGUGAUCACUUCCAGCACAACUCAACUCGAGCUCUUCCAACCCAGUCCAACCGCUCGGCGAUCCCUUCCAACCCAUUUGUUAUGAGAUCCCUUCCAACCUGAGCUACUGCCUAAGGGCUCCCCUCCAACCCAACCCAUUCCAUGUCUGUGUGGUCCCACGCUUCUCCUGCUGAAUCCAGGUGUUUGCUGUUGAGCUGCUCGCGCUGUUGUACCCAACGCCACGCUGUGCUGCUGCCUUUCAGUCCCAGAGAAGCCCGGUGGCUGCAGUGGGACACUCCAGUUCUGCUUCUUUUUCCCCACUCCAUGCUGUUGACACAAAACGUGUGCAGCGUUGCACUGCCCUGCACAAAACUCACGCCGCACAACAACAUGCAUGGUGUUGGUUUUAUCAGCUUGGCUGUGGUUGCAGCUGUCACCCAUAGGGAAAUGGGGCAGAGCACGCAGGUCAAUUGGGGAUCUGUUGCUUCUUUUAGGAAGGGCUUUGUGAGGAAAUAGGAAUUCUGCAUCUUCCCUGCGCUGAGCCUUGCUGUGUGCUGAUGGUUUGAGGUUGCUGCAGAUAGGAAGUUUUAUCCUUGAGUGCCGUGCCUGGGUAUAAUUUCAUCUGCAGUUGUAUUGUGCCUAAUAGCAGAAGUGGGGCCAUCCCACAGCGCUGAGCUCUGUCUGGGCCGGGGGUUCUGCACGUGUUGCUCGCAGAUGGCACUGUGUUGUGGAUAUAUAUGGCUGUGUUGUUUGUGUGCACGAUCCCACAGCUGCUUGGAGACUGUCAAAGGACCAGCGACUGCCUUCGUUCUGACAGACCUGCCCCACACUCUGUGCCAUUUGUAGGAAUGGAGCUGCAGACAGCUGGUGGGCUCCAGAAGCAGCUUCUGGGUUGUCCCAUGGUCACAAAAUAUGCCCCAAGUGUUCAGCAGAGCUGCAUAGCAGAAAGCGGUUUGUUUUCAUCACUCAGCACUUCCAACUUUAAGGUAGAUAACAAUCAUUAAAAUUGAGUGUAAUAAUAGAUUUUAAUUAGUAGGCAUCGCACACAUCAAAGCCUUUAAUAAAAUACAGAGGACUUUAAAUGAAGGCAUUCAUAGCAAAUUUAAUAUGGCUGUGGAAGAAGUUGGGUACCCAGCAGAGGAGAUUCACCUCGGUGUGAAGGAUGUGGCUGCCCAGCCUCCACCUGCUCCCUUCUUUCAGAGGUGUUGCUCAUGAUGAAUGGCCAAAUAAACACUAAUGAAAACAUCAUCCAACAUUUUCAUCACUGAGAUUGUAUCAGCUCGAAGCUGUGCCAGUUAUUCAUUAAGAGCCACCGAAGAACAUUAUCUUUUCUUCAGGGAAGGGAUUGCGGCGUGUCUUGACAGCAGGAACCUUUAUCACAGGAUUCAUUUGCAUUUAAUGUAACCUCAUCAGGUUCUUAAAAAGUGAAGGUGCGUUCCUUGCCAUUGAGUACACAUUAUUAAAAGUGAGUGAGAAAAGUAACGAGGCAGGAAUUGUGUCGAGCCUGCACGUCCACCAAGGUUGGACAAAAUGGAGAGCAGCAGGCACUCAGAAGUUGGUUUAUGUAUUAAUUUCUACCUUGGAGUGUGUUGAGUCAUCUCCAGCUCGUCUGUAGGUCUCUUAGGAACAGAUUCUCGAUUUUACAUCUUAGAUUUUCUUCUCCGGACUCUUAGCAUGGAGGUUGUUUUAUAGCAAGCGGUGAGGAAAAUUGAAGGGUCAAUUAAUUCUUAAUAUGUAUUUUUUGCACUGAUAUUUUUCCUUAGGGAACUGGGGGAAAGGAUUGAUAUGUUGAUAGCGUUUGAACCGCGCUGCAAUUAAAUCUUCUCUAGCAAAUCUAGGCUGGCAUAAAGCCUGACAAACCUCUGGCAAGGAGUUGAGAAAAGUUUGGUGCUGAGCUGGGAUUUCCUGGGCUGCAGCUGAUGCACAGAGCUCAGUGACAGCACAGCUGUGCCACGUUCAGUGCAGCUCAGUGCACGGGGAUGUGCUUUGCCCCAGUUGUCCCCAUCUUGCAGCCCUUUUCUCCAAGCAGCUGUUGCAGAGGUCCCAUGCCCUGUAGGGGUGGAUUGCAGGGAUGAUGUUUCUGGCUUCCCCAGACCAGCUCUGUCCCCAACCACUGCAGUUCUGUGCGUGGGGCUCUGUGAGUCGGGCUCUGUGAGUCACCUGUGCUGAACUGCACUGCUGGGAGAUGCGUGGUGUCCUGACAGGUCCGUGAACCAUCCCAUAAUUUCCUCAGUCAGCGGUGAAUGCUGGCGCUGAAGGUGGCUGAGACUGUUGGGUGCUUGUUUGGGAGUGCUGUGUGCUCCCAUUUGGGUUGGCUCUGACUGCUCAUUCAGGUGCUCUUAUGUUGUAAAUUCACAUAAGACGCACAGGGAGGAGCUGGAACUGAAUGGUCUUUAAGCUCCCUUCCAACCCAAGCUGUCCUGCAGUGGUGGGCCCUAUUGGUGGUCCUUUGAUGGUUGUCUCUCCAGUGGUUCAUUCUGUGAUGGUUCAUUCUGCAGUGGUUGUACAACGUUUGUCCUGUGGUGGUUCUGUACAAUUGCACGCAGAGCUGUAAGUUGGACUUUUUGUAAGACUGGCUGCAUCCUUCAGGGUUAAUGCUGCUAAUGACUCCAUGGGAUGCAUGGAGUACAGAUGUGUUUGAACCACAAAUUUGUUCCUGUCUCAAUGAAGGCAGUGCAACCAACCCAGAGGUGCCCACAUCCUUUGCUGCUCCCAAAACUUCUGCCUUUGACCGGAGCAGAGCUGUGGAGUGGCUGUGUUGGUACCCCCAUGCUAACUCAGUGCUGGGAAGGCAGGGUGUUGUGGUGGCAGCCCCUGCCCCUCUGGGUAACAGCCCACCCCUCCUGGUGGUUCCCAUUGAACAAAACUCCUCUUUCUGCUUCACCUCCUCACCUGUGCAAGGCAGGAUGCUCUUAUUCCUGACCUGCCAGCGUGCCCUCAGGGCUGUGUGUGCUGCAGAUGACUUCACCCAGUAGGCAGAAAUUGGGCCACCAGCGGUGCCCUGACAAGUAUGGAUGUAUUUAUACUUCUUUUUUUCCCUUUUUUUUUUAAUUAAAAGCCUUAGAAAGUGAAGCUCUUAGAGCAAGAACAGCGCGUCCCAUCAUGUGAAUUCUGAACGAGUCAUUAAUUUGAAGUCCUUUUUAAAAGAAGUGGUGUGUGUGUAUCCAGCAUAUGUAUGUCAUAACUUGUUUGUUUGUGUCAGAUUAAUAUCAAGCUGUGAAUGAAGCUGUAAAUACACAACACACAUCUUUUGGAGAUCACUUCAAUGGGAUGCAGCUGUGCGGCUCUGAGCACAACCUGCUACCCACAGGUAAUGGGAAACACUCCCACCUGAUCCUCCCUGCUCACAUUGCUGGGAGGAGGUGAAUCCCCUGAGCUAAAACCUGUGGGAUGGAAGCUGGAUCCUUUGUUUGCCACCUUGCUGAGGUGGAUUUAGUGCUUGUUUGGUUUAUUUCUGUGUUUCGGAAGCUCGGGAGCUGGUGAUGCUGUGCAGCGAUGCUCUGAUGUGAGGAUGGCGGACACGGACCUUUUUAUGGAAUGUGAGGAGGAGGAGCUGGAGCCAUGGCAGAAGAUCAGUGAUGUGAUUGAAGAUUCUGUGGUUGAGGAUUAUAACUCGGUCGAUAAAACUACUACGGCCGGCAACCCUCUUGUUCAGCAAGGUGGGCAGCCCCUGAUCCUCACCCAGAACCCAACCUCGGGUCUGGGCACCAUGGUGACCCAGCCAGUGUUACGACCCGUGCAGAUCAUGCAGAAUGCCAACCACGUCACGAACUCUCCAGUGACCAGCCAGCCCAUCUUCAUCACCACCCAGGGAUUUCCUGUGCGGAACGUGCGGCCUGUGCAAAACACCAUGAAUCAAGUGGGAAUCGUUCUGAAUGUACAGCAGGGUCAGACAGUCAGACCCAUCACCCUCGUCCCAGCCCCAGGUACGCAGUUUGUCAAACCAGCAGUUGGCGUUCCUCAGGUGUUCUCCCAGGUGGCCCAGGUGAGACCAGGUACGACCAUGCCGGUCCGACCCACCACCAACACUUUCACUACGGUCAUUCCGGCCACGCUCACCAUCAGGAGCACAGUGCCGCAGUCCCAGUCACAACAGCAAAGUAAGUCCACUCCCAGCACCUCCACAACUCCUACUGCAACGCAGCCAACACCUCUGGGACAGUUAACUGUGCAGCAGCCAGGGCAGUCCAGUCAAGCUACUAACCCCAAAUUAGUGAGCAUUGCGAGCUUUGUGACUGUAAAGAAACCCGGAGUGACUGGUGAGAACAGCAACGAGGUUGCCAAGCUGGUGAACACCCUGAACACUGUUCCCUCAUUGGGGCAGAGCCCUGGCCCGAUGGUGGUGUCCAACAGCAGCCCUGUGCACGGCUCCCAGAGAUCCAGUGUGUCGGAGUCGUCGUCGUCAUCGUCGUCGUUGAAAGUCAGUUCAUCUCCAAUUCCUACCUUUGAUUUGCAAGAUGGUGGCAGGAAGGUCUGCCCACGGUGCGAUGCUCAGUUCCGAGUCACCGAAGCUUUAAGAGGACAUAUGUGUUAUUGCUGCCCUGAAAUGGUCGAAUUCCUCAAGAAAAGAAAAUCUCUCGAUUCUGAACCAAAUAUCCAAUCUGCAAAGCCUCCAUCUCCAGAAAAAACCACAGCUGUUGCUUCCCCACCCUCUUCUACUCCUAUACCUGCACUGUCCCCACCUGCUAAAGCUCCAGAGCCAAGUGAAGGCGUGGUUGACUCGUCCCAAAGUAAGCUCAUCAUGUUGGUGGAUGACUUCUACUAUGGAAGAGAUGGUGGCAAAGUGAGCCAGCUGCUGAACUUCCCCAAGGUUCCGACUUCGUUCCGGUGUCCACACUGCACCAAGAGGCUAAAGAACAACAUACGAUUUAUGAACCACAUGAAGCACCACGUGGAACUGGACCAGCAGAACGGAGAGGUGGACGUGCACACCAUCUGCCAGCACUGCUACAGGCAGUUCUCCACUCCGUUUCAGCUCCAGUGCCACUUAGAGAACGUCCACAGUCCCUAUGAGUCAACAACAAAGUGCAAGAUUUGUGAAUGGGCAUUUGAGAGCGAACCAAUGUUCCUGCAACACAUGAAGGACACGCACAAGCCGGGGGAAAUGCCCUAUGUUUGCCAGGUGUGUCAGUACCGCUCGUCGCUGUACUCGGAGGUGGACAGCCACUUCCGAAUGAUCCACGAGGACACGCGGCACCUGCUCUGCCCAUACUGCCUGAAGGUCUUCAAGAAUGGCAACGCCUUCCAGCAGCACUUCAUGAGGCACCAGAAGAAGAGUGUUUAUCAUUGCAACAAGUGCAGACUCCAAUUCUUGUUUGCCAAGGAUAAAAUUGAACACAAGCUGCAGCAUCACAAAACGUUCCGAAAGCCCAAACAGUUGGAAGGAUUGAAGCCUGGAACCAAGGUGACAAUCAGAGCAUCCCGAGGACAGCCCCGGACGGUGCCGAUCUCUUCGAACGAUAUGGGGCAGAGUGCUGGGCAGGACACUGCACCGCUCUCCUCUGCUGACCCUCAGCCCAUCUUCCUGUACCCACCCGUCCAGAGGAGCGUCCAGAAGAGAGCCGUCAAAAAAAUGAGCGUCCUGGGCAGGCAGACCUGCCUGGAGUGCAGCUUUGAGAUCCCCGACUUCCCAAACCACUUCCCCACCUACGUCCACUGCUCGCUGUGCCGCUACAGCACGUGCUGCUCCCGAGCCUACGCCAACCACAUGAUCAACAACCACGUUCCCCGGAAGAGUCCCAAAUACUUGGCUUUGUUCAAGAACUACACUGCCUGUGGUGUGAAGCUGUGCUGCUCUUCCUGCCUCUUUGCGUCGUCGGAGGGUGAUGUGAUGGCCAAGCAUUUGGUCUUCAACCCAUCGCACGAGUUCAGCAACAUUAUUUUCCGAGGGCCUACUUGGAUAUCACAUUCCAGGCACAUCCAGCCCCAGGACAGAAGCAUGAAAAACAUGUGCCCUGCCUACUCCCCCAGUAAAGCUGCUACUGUGAAAACUAAAUCUGUGUUACCUGCGAAGGAUGACCUGGAACCUGAAGUGGCACUGGCAGCCCACACCCGGCCCCUGCUUUGCCAGGAGGAAGAGUGCUUAAACAUUGAUGCUCAGGAAGACGAGCAGCCAAUGAAGGAGACCGAAACUGCAAGCAAAAAGGAGCAGCUGUCUGUGAAGAAGCUGCGGGUGGUUCUGUUUGCAUUGUGCUGCAGCACUGAGCAGGCAGCCGAGCACUUCCGGAACCCGCAGCGGCGCAUCAAGCGUUGGCUGAGGAGGUUCCAGGCUUUCCAAGAGGAGAACUUGGCGUCGCUGUCGGAGGGCAAAUACCUGAGCUUGGAGGCCGAGGAGAAGCUGGCGGAGUGGGUGCUCACCCAGCGGGAGCAGCAGCUCCCCGUCAACGAGGAGACGCUCUUCCAGAAGGCCACCAAGCUUGGCCGCUCCCUGGAGGGCGGCUUCAAGAUCUCCUACGAAUGGGCCGUGCGGUUCAUGCUGCGGCACAACCUCAGCAUGCACGCACGGAGGGCGGUGGCCCACCCGCUCCCCAAAGAGGUGGAGGACAACGCUGGCUGCUUCAUCGAGUUUGUGCAGCGGCAGAUCCACACGCAGGACCUGCCCCUCUCCAUGAUCGCGGCCAUCGACGAGAUCUCCCUCUUCCUCGACGUGGAGGUGCUGAGCAGCGACGACAAGAAGGAGAACGCGCUGCAGACGGUGGGGACUGGCGAGCCCUGGUGCGACGUGGUCCUCACCAUCCUUGCAGACGGGAGCGUUCUCCCCACGUUGGUCUUCUACAGAGGUCACGUCCAGCAGCCCGCCAACGUGCCUGAAUCCAUCAUACUGGAAGCGAAGGAGAACGGCUACAGCGACGACGAAGUCAUGGAGCUGUGGGCAUCACGAGUGUGGCAGAAGCACACCGAGUGCCAGAACAGCAAGGGCAUGCUGGUGCUGGAUUGCCACCGAACACACCUCUCGGAGGAGGUACUGUCCCUGCUGAGUGCUUCCAGCACUCUUCCGGCUGUCGUACCCGCUGGUUGCAGCUCCAAAAUCCAACCCCUGGAUGUUUGUAUAAAAAGGACUGUGAAAAAUUUCUUGCAUAAAAAGUGGAAAGAGCAAGCCAAGGAGAUGGCGGACUCCACAUGUGAUUCGGACAUCCUUCUCCAGUUGGUUCUGUGUUGGCUGGCAGAGGUGCUGGAGGUCAUCAGUGACUCUCCCGAACUUGUGCAGCAGUCCUUCCUGGUGGCCAGCGUGCUGCCGGGGCCGGACGGCACGGCCAACUCAGCCACACGCAACGCCGACAUGCAGGAGGAGCUGAUCGCAGCGCUGGAGGAGCAGCUGAAGUUGGGUGAGGAGCAGCUGGCACAGGAGGCAGCAGAGGGUGAGGAUCAGCCCCAGAACGAGGAGUGCGCCGACCCUGAGAUCCUCCAUCAGCUCUUCGAGGGGGAGAGCGAGACUGAAUCGUUUUACGGCUUCGAAGACGCCGAUUUGGAUCUGAUGGAAAUCUGAGCACUGAUCUGCGAGUUGGUGAUCUGGAAAGGGUUGUUUUUUCAAUAAAUGUUGGAUGAGACCAUUACACUUCCCUGUGGAUUUGUGGGUUUAGGAAAUUUGUAGGCGAUCACUCAGAUAAAUAGCCAUUUAUGCUGUUCAUUUAUAAGUUUUGUGCUUUUUUAAAGAAAAAUCACUGUGUUGGUAUUUUCUGAAAAUAUAUUGUGGGUGAAUAUUUUUGCGUUUUCUUUACCUCACUGUAUCAUAGUUUUCUGUUUUUAUUGUGCAGAAAUGUUUUGAAUUAUACAUUGUCAAUGUGACCAUUUCUAAAGAAAGGAGAACAGAUGUAGCUGACGAACCAGUAUAUAAACCUUUUGGAUGUCUUAACACAGGUUGUUUUUUUUUUUUUUUAACACUUGACCCAGAGCUUUAGGUUUCUGUGCUGAAUUUAGGUAUGAACGAUUGCUUUAAAGUGUGAACCUUCUACAAUUGGCCCUUACGAGUUGGGUUUGGUUUGCUUUUUCUUUUUUUUUUUUAAUUUUAUUUUCUUUUUAAAGAGUAAUUCCUUGGCUUGUGAGCUGGGACACGGGAUCCAAACACAAGCGGAAGCAUUUUGCCUGCUCAAUGCCAGCGAUGGUUCUUGGAGCCCCGGCGCUGCCCGGUGCUGCCGCGUGGUUGGGUCGGGUCCUCCAUGGGAGCCCACCGGCACCACCACGCUCCAAAGAGUCCCCGAGAGAGAGUGCAGAUGGAAGAGGGAAGUCGAGGCUGCCUUGGUCUUCCCCUAUAGAUGGGAGUUAAAUGUAUGGACCAUUAAGCGUUGAUUAACGACGAGUAGUUGAAUAAACGUGCUUUAAGCAGUGGCAUCAGACACUACGUUCCUUAGAAUUAGAAAUCUGAUUUAACGAAACAAACUGUGACAUGCACAAAAAGAAGACGUUUGUUUUUAUUUUUCACUGCCAGCUUAAAUUUUUCUACAAUUUGCAUGUUUGAGGGUUUUUUAAUUGUAUGUAUUACGGUAUAAGCGGAAGCAUUUUGACAUACAGAAUUCAGAAGCACCUGCACCUUUCUGUUUCCAUAGAGGUUUUGUGAACCUGCCCUAUGACCUAAGGAAAGCAGGAGGCAGCAUGUGCAGACCUGUAAAUGGUUCAUCUUUAAAAUGUACAUACGUGGAACAUUUAAUAAAACCAGGGAAAUGGAUUUAUAAACACGCGUUUUUAUUAUGGAGAGCUGUCCAGCUGUUGGGAUAUCACAGUGCCUCAUGGAAGACACGGGAGCAGAGCACAGAGCUCUGCUUUGGGUGGAUUCCUCUGCCCUUAGGGACGGACGCGGCCUUGCUUAGAGGUGGGACAGCAAUUGAAGUGUGUACAUGGCAGUAACAGUUGAGGCAGAAUUUUGCCAUUGGAGCUGCUUAUACUCAGUGGUAGUAAUACCACUCUUAAUGUUCAUAAAUGAUACCAGGGCUGAGAAAUUCCCAAUUCCAGAGGAAUAUGGCAUGAGCUGCACUAAGUGGGUUACUGGAACACCCCACUGCCAUAGCAACUCGUGUUCCCAUACAUUUUUCUUUAAUUAGGGCAAAUGGUGAAGCAACUGUGCAUUUCACUUAAGAUUCAGCACAUGGGAAGUGAACAGGCAUCAGCCAGGAGCAGAACCAACUCAGGUCCCACAGGUGAGUCCUUCAGCUGUCAUCAGCGCCACCUGGCAACACAGAAGCUUCUACUACAACACAGAAGGGGAAAAAGCUUUGUCACCUUUGGCAGAAAUGAGCUCACUGUGUUAAAUGGAGGUGGUGAAAGAGCACUUUGACCCAAGAUGGUCUGAUAAAGGCAUUGCCAAGGGGAGGAGGACUGUAAUUGUCUUUAGUGGAGCACAGCGCCUACCAGAAAACAUUCAGCAAACAAACAAUAAAAGGACAUUUUUGCUGCCCUUCUCCAGG